GGGAGUCUGAGAUACAAAAGUAAAAAAAACAAACAAAAAAAAACACACACACACGAAACUACAACGAAGUGAAAUGAAAGCUUUUACAACAUUAUUUCUCCCUACACAUAAGCUUGGAGCUUGAGUAACAAAGAAAGUCAGAAAUUUCGAUAUACCUCGUGUGUUUGCUGUGUUCGUCGACAGUGUUAUUGCUUAUGAGAACCCGCCUUGUCGUUACAUUGCCGACUAAAGGGCAUUAAUGUAAACCUAAAAAGUCAGAAAAUUAACUGGUGUCCCCGAACAGAUCUGAUAAUGCAUUUAUGUCGUUGGGCAUAUUUAAAGAGAACUAAGACGGUAUGACACCUUCACGUUUUGUAUUGGUUGACGAGCAACCAAUCGUGGCGGAGUGCAUCGUUAACCAUAGAAACGACUUUUCUUAUCUCAUUUGCAUUAUACACGGCAACGGAGUUAUGGUUUGCCCAAACAGGUGAAUAGUAAAUAAUAACGCCCUCGAGAGGAACCGUCAUUUUGGUUGAUUGCUCGCGGCACAUCAGACGUCGAAAGCAGUUGCGAAAACUUCUGUUCAUCUUAUUCACACAAACUGUACAAAGACUCAUUUUAUCAUGCGUGAAUGUAUCUCUAUCCACGUCGGCCAAGCCGGAGUCCAGAUGGGCAACGCCUGCUGGGAAUUGUACUGCCUUGAGCACGGCAUCCAGCCUGACGGUCAGAUGCCCUCAGACAAGACCAUCGGAGGUGGUGAUGACUCCUUCAACACCUUCUUCAGUGAGACUGGAGCUGGCAAGCACGUCCCCCGAGCAGUGUUCGUCGAUCUCGAGCCGACCGUAGUUGAUGAAGUUCGCACUGGUACCUACCGUCAGCUCUUUCACCCUGAGCAGCUGAUCACUGGGAAAGAGGAUGCUGCCAACAACUACGCCCGUGGUCACUACACCGUCGGAAAGGAACUGAUCGAUAUUGUCCUCGACAGGAUCAGGAAGCUGGCUGACCAGUGCACAGGUCUCCAGGGAUUCCUCAUCUUCCACAGCUUCGGUGGUGGCACCGGUUCUGGCUUUACCUCCCUGUUGAUGGAACGGCUCUCCGUCGACUAUGGAAAGAAGUCCAAGCUCGAGUUUGCCAUCUAUCCCGCUCCCCAGAUCUCCACGGCUGUUGUCGAACCCUACAACUCAAUCCUGACCACCCAUACCACCCUCGAGCACUCCGACUGCGCCUUCAUGGUCGACAACGAGGCCAUCUACGAUAUCUGCAGACGAAACCUUGAUAUCGAGCGACCUACCUACACUAACUUGAACCGUCUCAUCGGCCAGAUCGUCUCCUCCAUCACUGCUUCUCUGAGGUUCGAUGGCGCCCUCAACGUCGAUCUUACUGAGUUUCAGACCAACUUAGUGCCCUAUCCCCGUAUCCAUUUCCCACUUGCCACGUAUUCACCAGUCAUCUCUGCAGAAAAGGCCUACCACGAGCAGCUGACCGUUUCCGAGAUCACUAACUCUUGCUUUGAGCCUGCCAACCAGAUGGUAAAGUGUGACCCUCGUCACGGCAAAUACAUGGCCUGCUGUCUCCUGUACCGUGGUGACGUCGUCCCAAAGGACGUCAACGCCGCCAUCGCUACUAUCAAGACCAAACGUACCAUCCAGUUCGUUGACUGGUGUCCAACUGGGUUCAAGGUCGGUAUCAACUAUCAGCCACCCACCGUCGUCCCUGGUGGUGAUCUUGCCAAGGUUCAACGUGCCGUCUGCAUGUUGAGCAACACCACCGCCAUCGCCGAGGCUUGGGCCCGCCUCGACCACAAGUUCGAUCUGAUGUACGCCAAGCGUGCUUUCGUCCAUUGGUACGUCGGAGAGGGUAUGGAGGAAGGAGAGUUCUCCGAGGCUCGUGAAGAUUUGGCUGCUCUCGAGAAAGACUACGAAGAAGUCGGCGUUGAUUCCGUCGACGCAGAGGCAGAGGAGGAGGAAGCUGAUGAAUAUUAGAAGUUGCACUAUCUGGUUGCAUUGUAAAGAUUUCCAGCGGGGGGUGGUUGAGGCGGUGUUCCGAAACAAUGUUUACAUAUUAAAUCACUUAUUCAUAGCUCACUGUAUCCCCUUCGGUUUAUCCAUUCUUCGUAUCAAGCAAUUUACAAAAAUUAAAUGUUCAAAGAUUGUUUGUCCUCGCUUUCUAUUUACAUUUACAUUCAGGUUAUAAUAAUUUGUUCAGCCUCCAAAAAUCAUAACUAUUCCUGUCCGAUGGAUUUCCUUCUUCAGCUGUUUAGUAAAUUAAAAGGCAAACAUAGUACAUAUCACCACCAGCGUAAUGCUAUCACAUUAUCAUGAUCAUUAUGUUUGACGGCCAUGAUCAUGAUGACAAUUUGUCCUAAUCAAUUACCACUUUUUGAAGCUCAUGGAUUUCCAGCUGUAAUCAUCAGUGAUUUUGUAUUAGCCAACCAUUUAUAAGAGUAGGUUACAACAAGCAAUAAGUGCAAAGGUUGUGCAAUAUUUCAUUUUGUUUUUAACUUUCUCCCCCACGAUAAAUUUUUAAGCAACAAUGCGAGCUACAUUAUUUUGCCAAACAGGCCCAUAUUAUCGGAGACAUAUGAAAUUAAGCCAUAAACGUUUGUCCCUUUACCACCCUGUCAGUGUUUAAGUGACUUUACGUUAAUUGACGGGAAAGUUCAUGAGAUCUUAAAAUACUACAAGUAUAAUAGAAUCAAGCCGAACAUAAAAUUACAUAUAUAAAUAUUGCCUUUACGCAAGAUGACCUCUGAUUGCGGUGCCUGAAUAACACCAUUGAAACGCAGGAGAUGGAGAACAGUAUCGUUAUCGCAUGCAAAGAACGGGGGGGGGGGGGGGCGUUUCAUCAAUAUUUUCGUCCGACAAGUUGUCAGAUCUGACAACUUUCCUGGAUUCUGAUUGGUUGAGAAGGACUGUUACUAUAGUAACUGUCGGAAAAAAAUAGGACUUGUCGGAUAAAACGUCCGACAAGUCCUUUCAUGAAACGCUCCCCUGGAGUUCCACUUGGUUCAAUUCCAUUAAGUAUUUAUUAUUCUCGGGACCCCACCUUAACGUCACUUCCCUUUUGACUUGUGGGCCACUCUCCGGGAGGGGGGGGGGUGGCACUCGGAAAGGGUAGGGGUGUGUGGCCUCAAACUCUGAAACCACACCCAUAAGAACGGUAGUUGCUUAUGGAAGGAGGGGCUUAAGAACUAACAAGUUAGGCGUAUUAGGUGGACCUCUGCACAUGGGGGUGCUUGGGAACUGACUCAUGAAAUGAGGAGUUUAAGAACGGGGGAGAACGGGUUGGUCAAUGAAAAAAAAAAGGUUAAACGAUAUGCUUAUGAACGGCUGGCAAAGUCGUGAAAAGGGGCUCUUAAGGGUUGCACAUACCCAUAUACUGUCAUUAUGUGCGAGCGCCCCCCUCCCCUCCCCCGACUACUCAAUUCAUCAUGUUCACGGCCGUUUGAAUAUUAUUAUGUGCAAGCUAGUAUGAAGUCAUUAUAGGAUUCUCGUAUGUUAAUCGCCACUUUGAAUUUCAUCUUUUUAUUCUGAAUGCUAAACCUUGAAUUGUUAAUGUUUCGUGUAUAAUGAAAAAUCUAAAUAAACCUUGAGAACUUUCCUUUA